AUGUCCGGAGCUCGUGCUCUCUUCCAGCGCGACGUCACCGCCCUCCUCGAGCAUCCGGACGGCGUUCAAGCGUUUCGAGCAUGGCUUUCUCUGGACCCAGCGCGCCCGGUCGAUGCCCUCGAUCUCUACUUGGCUAUCCGAGGCUUGAGUCUACUGCGUGAGCGUCACGAUCCACACACUCUACGCACCGCAUGCCAUAUUCACCGCAAAUACAUCAGUUUGCGCACGGGCACUUGCAACUUCUUGAGCAACGAUGUCCGGACGGAGAUGUCCACCCGAAUCCAUGCCCUUCCUAUUCACAGCCCUACCGUACCCCCACCACAACCUCCGGCCGAUCUAUUCCAACGGGUUCAGGAGCCCCUCGUCCGCCACCUUGCCCAUCUACACGCGCAAUUCGCCGCUACUAAGGGGUUCCAUGAUUUUGUACACGCGAUCAGCGCCUCAAAUACCGAAGAGCCAUCUUUGGACAGCGAUGAGCCUGGCUCCUCAAAAGGAUCGUCUCCAAGGGAAUUACCCAUUGACGUGGAAGAAAUCGGACUCUCCGAAGAUCCCCCAGCACUUCCCGUCCAUCGGCAUUUCACGUUUAACACCACGAAACGGAAGCGGACAAAGCUCUCCGUCCCUGUUGAGCCGACACCAUUUCGGCACGAUCGCGCGGAUGGUCGUCUCCAUUUUGCCGCUAUACUAUCUGAAAAACUGGGCGCUCUUCGGAUUACUGUCGAUCGGAUCGAUUCCGUUUCCGGAAGUCCGACUGAACCGACGACAAGUGAUGAAGAAGUCUCAAGAUAUGCCGAUCGCAUGAAUGAGAAGAGGAGAAGCUCCUCUUGCUCACCCCCAUCCCGCCCUACCAAUGCCGCAUUCCCGGAUCUGCUCCGCUCGAACGGCUUCGCCCCGCCGCCCAUCCAGACCACACUGCCCAACCGCGGUCGCUUCGACUUGACCACCCCACGCCGCUCGCAGCCCAGGAAACACGAGCUGCCUCCAUCCGAUUCUUCCGGAUUUUGCAGUGCAGAGUCGGCGUUUUGUGAUCGUUCAAUUGAUCGGAAGGCACAAGAAUUCCCGCUGUCGCCCUUCAACCGACGAGAUCGCAGUCGAGAUGCGCGGAGAUUCACGUUUGGCACGAUUCCACGCCCCCAGAAAAUCGCCCGCGAGACACCGCUACUGACCGUGACACUACGCGAGGCUACUAACCACGCAAUUCCGCUGGUGGCCCGAGUUCCGGCCAGUCCAACCCUAACCUUCAAAGAAUUCCGCAAACUCUUUGGCGUCCGCAAGGAGGGGAGGAGCAGAUUAUUUUUCAAAGCCCCUUGCGACGAUUGCUCGGCCCCAUUCCAAUGGAAUCUGCUCUACGAUGACGGCGAGGCGGUGCCAAUCUUUGGAGGCCAAGUGUUCGCCGAGAGUCGCCAAUGUCCCAGUGAUGAUUCGGAA